UUUUUUUUUAUCUCCUCUUAUUAUCACCAACAUCACUCUUCUUCACCUGCCCACCCCUUCUUUUUUCUAGCCCUCUCCCUCCGCUGCUCUCUCUAUGGCUCAAUCUAACUCCAAAACCCUCAACCUAAGAGCCCUUCCCCUGGCCCUCUAAAGAAUGGACCCCUCCACCAAAAUCUUAGGCACGGACGCCAAGCCCAAAUCCUUCUCCUUCCCCAACGGCUCUCUGAAGCGCCACCACCGCGGUCUGUCGUCGCCGGCGGAGCCCGCCGCCGCGGCGGACUUCCUGUACCGGGAAUGCCUCAAGAACCACGCCGCCAGCCUUGGAGGCCACGCCCUCGAUGGUUGCGGCGAGUUUAUGCCCUCGCCGGCGGCCAACCCGGCCGACCCCACCUCCCUCAAGUGCGCCGCCUGUGGCUGCCACCGCAACUUCCACCGCCGCCUGCCGGAGCCCCUCCUCAUCCACUACCACUCCGACAACGGCGCCGGUGGCCAGGAGGGCGAGGAGGACAUGGCCGGCGGCCGCGAUGAGGAUCGCGAGGGCCGGGACGAUGAGGAGGACGGCAGCGCGGAUGGCCAUCGGCGCGGCCGGAGCUCCACCUCUCCCCCGCCUUACUUCUCCUCCGUCCCACACAUGCUGCUCGCCCUCAGCUCUGGGCUGCCCGGGGCGCCCUCUCCGGGGCGGCCGGCGGCGGCGUCCACGGUGGCGGUGUUGCCAAGGAAGAGGUUUCGGACAAAGUUCAGCCCGGAGCAGAAGGAGAGGAUGCACGAGCUCUCGGAGAGAUUGGGUUGGAGGAUGCAGAAGAGGGACGAAGGAUUAGUGGAGGAGCGUUGCCGAGAGAUCGGCGUCGGAAGGGGUGUGUUCAAGGUGUGGAUGCACAACAACAAGCACACCUUUUUGGGCUCGGCAAGGAGAGGACAGGAGGAAAUUAGGAAUGGCGGCGGCGGAGGAGGAGGAGGCGGCGGCGGUGGUGGCGGUGGUGGAGAUAGCGGCGGGAUUGAGGGGAGCGGCAAUGGCAGCGCUGGCAGCGGUGGUGGCGGCAACAGCCACGUGGUGAAUGGUUCUUCUCCUUCCUCUUGAGAGAGCCGAGAAGAAUUAUUUUGUUGUUGGUGUUGUUAUUAGUUGUCACAGUUGGUGUUGAUGGUUAAUUUGGUGUUUUUGGUCUUAAUUAAACUUCUAAUCCUGAUGGAGAUGAAUGGGUACACUACCUUUAAGCUGCUGCUUUUUAAACGAUGGAAACUGGAAGGGAACUUUUUAUCAUGAGACAUAAAGUUAUUGUUGGUUUUUGGUA